AUGUCCAUUGUACGACCCGUCUUACAGUCGCUGCCAAAGUUGCCUGCAGCAGGACUCUGGCCCACUCUGUUCAAAGUGUCAAGAGCACGCGGCCAGAUGCGAGUGUCUGUCAUGACUGAGGAGCUUGCGGAUCAGACGGCAAAGAGGAUAGGUAUCCAAGACCAUCCGAAUCGAUCUGUCCUUGAGAUCUUUCCAGGUCCAGGACAGCUCACGCGGUCGAUGGCAUUGGCAGGUGCGAAGAAGGUGGUGACCGUGGAGAAUGGAGAGGCAUACCAAAAGUCAUUGAAGUCCCUUAUAGACGAAUCUGGCGGGCGGAUCCAGAACUUUGCUCUGAACCCGUCCUCGGAUCCGUUUGAAGAAAUCAUGGACCCUACGAAGGCGGUCUUCCCGGAUCUGGAACCUCAGCCGUGGGAUAAGGUCCAUACGGAUCUGGUGAUUGUGGGCUCGAUCCCGAAUUCGUCGUUGGGGGAGAAGGUGGUGCAGGAUCUGUUGAUUGCGUCAAUAGGACGGAUGGGGAUCUUUAGGAUGGGACGCGUGGAGAUGUAUAUGUUCUGUUUCAAGGAUGCAGUCAAGAGACUCAAGGCGGAGCCAGGGGAGCCAGCGAGGAACAGGGUGACGAUUCUAGCGGAGGCGGCUGCAGAGAUCAUGCCGAUCUCGCGUCCGGGAUCGCAUCAUUUUCAUCUGCCGUUUGAUUAUGAGCUCCUGCAUAUUGUCCCACAUGAGAAACCCAAGAUGGAAACGUCGACGGAAAUAAUGGAUUUCUGUCUGAGGAGUCUUUUCACGAACAAGUCGCACGCGCUUAACAAAGUGAUCAAAUUACUGGGACCAGGCGCAGAUAUUCUUCUGGGCCGACUGAGUUUCGACCACAACAUUAAGAUCAAGCAUAUGACAUUGGAGCAGCUGAACGAGGUCGCGCUCAAGUUUGAGCAGUGGCCACUUCGACCGACGGUUCUGUAUGAUGAUAUGAUCAUGACUGAGACUAAGCGGAAGCGAUAG